AUGGAUGUUGCAUCUCUGUGUCCAAAUAGGAACACCCAAACCGACCAACAUCCUUUGCUAAUGGAGCAGCAAGAAACCCCUAAUGGCCACAUAAUCAACAUUACAAGGAGUGGUGAAGCUUUAUCCACAUUAUCUCAGAAUGAUCAUCACUCUGAAAUGCAUUUACCACAGAAUGAAGAUCUUCCAGAUGGGGGCCCACAAGAUUAUACUCAUCAGGGGUCUUCAUUUUUUGCAACCAGUUUCAGCUCUAGAAAUUCCUCUUUGUCGAGAAGAGGUGAGGGGUAUGGUCAUCAUAGCAGAAGCAUACCAUUUAAUUCUGGACUGUGGAUUUCUGUUGAGCUUGUUGUCACUGUGAGUCAGAUCAUAGCAACUAUAGUGGUUUUGUCAUUGUCCAGGAAUGACAAUCCUCAAGCUCUGUUAUUUGAAUGGAUUGUGGGUUAUGCAGCUGGUUGUGUUGCCACACUUCCAACUAUUUACUGGCGUUUUCGAAACCGUAAUCAAAGCGCGGACGAAGAUACCUCUCAACCAUCUCAAGGAUCUUCUGUAAGCAAUCCUCCUGAAAGUAUUUAUACUGCCAUCUAUGUUUCUCGUGUUUCAGACGAGGAGAAUGGUCAUGCUACAGAAUCAGCAGCAAGAAACACUAAUAUCCCUGGAGCCUUUACUUCUAUGCUUAGUGGAUUAGCAUACUGUUUCAAGAUGACCUUGGAUUUCUUCUUUGCAGUUUGGUUUGUAAUAGGAACUGUUUGGAUCUUUGGAGUUCACUCUGCUCCUUCUGAUGCUCCACAAUUGUAUAGGUUAUGUAUAGUGUUUCUUUCCAUUAGCUGUAUUAGAUAUGCUAUGCCAUUUAUACUAAGUGCAAAAAUUUGUUGGUGCCUACCUUGCAUACUAUCUGAUUCGGGCUUUCCGGAGGAUUUUUCUCUGAACGGAGGAGCAACAGUAGAAUACAUUAACACUCUACCAAUCUACAAGUUCAAAUUGAAAAACAAUAAAAAUGGUUAUGAUCAGGAUGUCAACGCAGGUAUAGAUGAAGGUGGGAUUUUGGCUGCAGGGACAGAUAAGGAGAGGGUCAUUUCAGGAGAAGAUGCUGUUUGUUGCAUUUGCUUGGCAAAAUAUGCAGAUGAUGAUGAGCUUAGGGAGUUACCCUGCUUUCACGUCUUUCACGUUUGGUGUGUUGACAAAUGGUUGAAGAUAAAGGGAUCCUGCCCUCUUUGUAAAAGUGAAGUUGGUAUAAUAAGUGGUGGAUGGUCACCUUGA